UAACAGCAAAAGUAGGUGGCGAUAUGCACACAGGCUGUAACACGCCAAAAAACAGAAGAAGAAGACCGCAAACGAACACGCGAAUAACCUGACGUCACCCGCAGCAACAGCACGUGUUUGAUUACGUCAGUGCAAAGGAAAAGAACAAAAUGGAGGAGUACGCGAGGGAGCCAUGCCCCUGGAGGAUAGUGGACGACUGUGGGGGCGCCUUCACCAUGGGGGCCAUAGGUGGUGGGAUCUUUCAGGCCGUCAAAGGCUUUAGAAACUCUCCUUCUGGAAUGAAUCACAGAAUGAGGGGUAGCUUGACAGCCAUAAGGACCAGAGCUCCACAACUAGGAGGAAGCUUUGCUGUGUGGGGUGGCCUCUUCUCCAUGAUUGAUUGUGGGCUGGUCAAGGUGAGGGGCAAAGAAGACCCCUGGAACUUUUUUUUACCUUAA